UUGUUUACAGCCCAAUUAAAAAGACACCAAAUUUAGGAGAACAACAAAAUAAAUAAAUGGGAAAGGGAGAGAGAGAGAGAGAGAGAGAGAGAGAGAGAGAGAGAGAGAGAGAGAGUUACAGCUCAAUGAGCUUCCCCACCCUUCUAUCACAGCUAAGCCAUAAACGUACAAGAAAUAAAUAUGCCCAAAAGCAGGCAGAAGGGAGAGGAAAAUUCAAUUUCCUAAUUGGCAAAGACAGCAAAUAUCAAUUCUCAAGUAAUAAAACCAACAACAUCUCUGAUUCUUGUAUGCCAUGGAAAAAUUGAGGACCUGCUAAAUCUGGUGUGGUAAUGUCUUGUUUGGCGCAGCUGUCAUGACCCCAUCAGAGGAGGAAUCCCAUCUCUGCGUACCUCAAAACAGUUGGUAACAACACCACUCCCACAUGGGUAUUCAUUUUCUGGCGGACAAAGAUUCUUGCUCAGCUGCUACACAGCUACCUAGCUCACUGAGCUUUAAUAAUUUCUCGGCUAUGUCUUAUAUUGUCACUCCAUAGGUCUUUUCUCUUUCACCUGACAGAACUUCUUGCCAUGCACCACAACCAGGGAAAUUCUAACGUGCCUUUUCCAUCUGCACCAGGUACUUCAUCUUGUCUUUCUUUUUACUUAGGAGAGACUGAUUGUGAGGUUUCUGUGGAGUAGUCAGUGCCAAAUUAUAUAUCCCACCAUGAAACUCUAUCAGUGGUAAGAAAUAGAGUAAUAACUUCUGCUUGAGUUUUACUUGUUUGCCUCCUGCUCUAUCUCUUAUCGAUCCCUUCAAAUAAGAAAAUUAAAAACAGAGACAAGUCUGGACCAUUUAGGAUUAUCAGCCGCAUUGACAUCCCAAAUAACUAUUCCCAAAAUGGAUGCUUAAUGUCACGCCAGUGUCUUUCUGAAUACCUGUCCGACACCAAGCGCUUCAAGUGCUAGCUGUUGAUAUAAUGCCACCGUAAACAAUAGCCGUAUCAAGUCAGAAGUAGUAUUCGAUUCGUGGUUGAAAUUACAGUACAGGUAGUGAAAUCUCAAAUUUCCAUAUAUCAAAUCUGGUCUCCAGUUGCAGGGUUGAAUGAUGUAAUGGCUCCUUCAUUUUGCUGUUGAAAUAGGCAUCCUCAGCUUGUUUAAUACUGAAACUGAAAAGCAUAUAUUCUGGUGUGGCAGUUUCAAUGUGCAAGUUUUUCGAAGAUGUCGAAGCCAUAUGCAACUUACAUAAUUGGAGGUUCAGCAGGAGCACUUGCAUUUGUUGUUAUAGUCAUUGGAAUCAUUUGGUUCUGCAAAUCACAUUGCAAAUAUUUCUCAAAUAAGAACUCCGAAACAGGCUCCUCAGAUCCAUCAGCACAAGCGGAGUGGAAUAGGGGAGGUGGAGCCAGCUCCAGUGGAGGCCAGCCCCUGUUUGGGCCACAGGGAGCAAGGCAAUUCUCGGAGGAAGAGUUGGCACAAGCCACCAAGCAAUUCAGUGAAAAUAAUCUGAUAGGAUAUGGAAAUUUUGGUCAGGUUUACAAAGGCUUGCUCCGUGAUACAGUUGUAGCUAUCAAAAGGCGGCCAGGAAAUCCUCGACAGGCAUUUGUUGCAGAGGUAACUUAUCUGUCAGAGAUUAGGCAUCGCCAUGUAGUUAGUCUUUUAGGGUAUUGCCAAGAGAGUGGAUAUCAAAUGCUAGUAUAUGAAUACUUACCAAAUGACAGCAUGUGCAAUCACCUGUAUGAUACUGGAGUAGAGUCAUCUACUCGAUUAGAGUUCAAACAGAGACUAUCAAUAGCUCUUGGAGCCGCUAGAGGUUUAUGCCAUUUGCACAGCCUUAAACCUCCCUUGGUUCACAAGAAUUUCAAGACUGCUAAUGUCUUGGUUGAUGAGAACUUUAAUGCUAAGGUUGCAGAUGCUGGAAUCUCAAAGCUACUUGAAAAAGUAGAAGAAGCAGGUCCAUCUCACACAUCUAGAGUCAGUGUUUUCCUGGACCCAGAGGUAGGAGUAUCAGGGACCUUCACUGAUGCAAGUGACAUUUACAGCUUUGGAGUAUUUCUCUUGGAGCUUGUAACAGGUCAGGAGGCUCUGUAUGUUGAUUCAUUGGGAUCUAAUGAAAGCUUGAUUCAGUGGGUGAGAUCAAGAUUGAGUUCAAACACUUUCGUGGAUCAUCGCCUACUUGGAAGCUUCACAGCAGAGGGAAUGAGGGAUUUGAUCAGACUAAUGCUAAAAUGCAUGAGCUUUCCAGGAAGAAGUAGACCAAAAACGGAAAUGGUAGUUACUGAGCUCGAAAGGAUUCAUGAGAAGGAGAUGGAGCUAACAACAGUUAUGGGUGAGGGUACUGCCACAAUCACUCUAGGCAGCGAGCUGUUUAUGUCAAAAUGAAAAGAAAAUUACAAUUCUUGGUGUUCAUUAUAUGUUUGUGCUAAGUCUAAACUUAGUAAAUCCAACAACUACUUCUGGUUUACAUUGUUUCAAAGAGAAAUGUAAAACAGCUGUAAAGGAAUUGAUAUUCAAGCAUCAAUUUAUUUGUUAAUUA